UGAACCCUCACAACCCGCGUCCGACUCCAAUUACCUCUCAUCGCCUGUCAAUACCAUCAUUGACCCUUCUGCAUCCAUUGAGCACCUGAUUCGCGCGUAUUCCGUCCUCACUGCGCGCGUCAAGGCUCACGUCACUCUGACUGCUGACCGCGACGCGCCAUGGCCGAUUCUUGCCCCACUACGCCAGAACAGGGUCAUGCUCGAAAAAUCCAUCAUUCGGGAUCUCGCCCGGUGCCUCGUCGAUCCACAGAGCAUGCCGCAGACUGCAGAGGACGUAGAGGAGGAAGAGUCUUUGAGACAGGAGAAUAGAGAGGAACGGGACAUUCAGUCUCUUCUUCCCUCACCGAAGAGAAGUCCGACAAAGAAGAGACGCGGAACAACGGCUAAGAAAGCAAAAUAUGGGCGAGAUUUGUGCACUGUAUGCCACUCGGUCAUGAAGCUUUUGACUACACUCUUCACUCUGCCUGCUGCAUAUAAUGUAUUCAACGUGUGUCCUGUCUCAUGACUUCGCUUUGCCUCUCUUAAUCCUGCUUAGCGUCGCAACUGCGUUCUAUCAUGACUGCGGUCCUGGCUAUCCCUCUCGCCGACGAGCUGCCGACACCCAACGCUCGGAAGACUUACGCUCUGGCCAUUUGGCUCCUUCAAGCUCAGCGUCUUCCCAUCUGUGUCUUGGAAUCUGGCGCAGAUCGUAUCGUUUUCGCUCUUCGGCGUGCUAUCGAAGGAGAGCUGGGGAAGGAAGGCAAGAAAGGUUCAGCGAGCGACGGCCUCAAGGCGAUCCACGAUCUUUCCGUGAUUCAGCCUGCAGUUUUUGUCCCCAAAUUCGAAGCAUUGCUGCCUUCUGUUCUUGCCAAUCUGCUUGCUCCGACGCUGGUUAUCCGAACCCAGGCAUGCCAUGCACUAGGGGGCUUCGCACGAGGAUUGUCGACACUUCCGUCGUCCAGCCUGCACACUCGCGUCUCUGCCAUCACCAUCACUCAUCUUCUCACUGCUUCGCCUUCGACUCCGCGUAAAUCGCCCAUGAAACAAGCAUCUCCGGAAACUACAUCGGCACUUUCCCGCACUAUCCGUACGACACUGCAAGCGACGGAAGUACAACAGGUGGCCCAAGGUCCUGUCUGGGGCUUGAGCGUUCUUGCGGCUCUCAUUGUGCUCGCCAACUCGGCCAUCUACACGAAUGAUCGCGCUCGGAAGAACUUCAAGAGUUUUUUAAACCUGGGUCUGAAACAUCAGAAGAGCACGAUCCGAGCUUUGACUUCUGCAGUCUGGCGAGUUGCCAUGUGGGCUUAUUGUCAGCCUGUUCUGCCAACCGAUGGCGAUGGCGAAUCGGAAAUUGAUGGCGACGGCGAAAAUCCAGAGCCAGCGACAGACAUCGAAUCGAGUCGGGAGUCGUUCUGGAAGGACACCAUCUCGACUGUUGUGGAGAUGGGGACGGGGGUGUCGACCAUCGCGGCACUAUUGGAAGACACCGAUAGCACCGCAGAUGACAUGUUUGAGAGAAUCACAACCAUCUUCCGGGCGAUGACGGGCAAGGGUGGCGAAUCGCUCGAGGCGGCGAUCGACACUCUGGAGCGCAUGGUUUGCUUCGAACCGGCGCCCAGCCAUUGGCGGUGGAACAGAAUGCUCCCACGGGGGCUUUUCUCCGCUUCACCAGGCUUGUUGACGGCUGAUUUCAACGCUUUGGAAGGCCCGGUCCGAGCUGUCAACGGGCAGUGCCCUGAUCUCGAUGAUGUCCGCCCAUUGUCGCGCGAGGAGAUCAUCGAUCCUGUGGUCUUCGACGCCGUCAUCCGGUUGUGGAAGGAGUGUAUCGAGUGUAUCAGCUUGCGGGAUAGCGAUGGGUGUCCGGAAAAGAUUUUGUCCAUCUGGGAAAACGUCAUCCAGCCGAAUGUGCUUGCUUUGCAAGCAGAUGGUGACGAAGACGAAUUGACUGAGUUCGCCAACCGUGCCGUCAGCAUCAUCGUCGACGACCUCCUGUUCGACAGCAAUAUCGAUGUUACGCUCAAGCCGAGUCGCUCCAUCGCUAACGUCCCUGACGGCAAGAACGAAUUGUCUAAUGCAACGCUCAAGCUCAAGAUCGGACGCGAGUUAUGGAACUGUUUACGCAAGUUCAUCACACACGACCAGUUGGUUUCUGCCGGCGGCAGCAUGAUCAUGUGUCUCAUGCAAGGAGAGGACGAGUUCACAGACUCGAGCGUCGCUUCGCGCAGGAUAUGGGCCACAUUUUGCGCGGAUGUCCUUGUUUUGUGUUCGUCGGAGGAUUUGGAGGCUUUCUGGAAUUACCGGAAAUGGAAAUGGGCACCGAGUGUGCGACAGCUUGUCUGGACGUGCCUUGUGAAGCGUUGGAUGGACGAGGGCUCAGCUGCAUUCGAUUUGGAGGUGACAGGCACUCUGAUCUCGAUGCCGUUCAUGCCGGAGAAGACUUGGGACUUUGAGAACCAAGACUGUCAGCUUUGGGAGGUGUAUCUUGGACUUGUGCUGAGUCAGGCGCUGGACCAAGGGCUGGAUACGAACGACGUGUUGGAGCAGCUCUCCAGGAGCAUCAUCAAAGAACACAUCCCUAUAUCAACUACCGCUUCUCGAAUCGCGGACAUUCUGUUAUCCCAUCUGAAGCUCGACGCGGCAAUCCAAGUGCCCGAUACACUGUUUGAAUUUGUCAACGACACGCUUCGGUCGAGCUAUCCCCCCGAGCCGCGGAACAAGCUGCAGUCGCUGUGGACUCUGCGCUCCGUCGGAAAGGCGAUUGACCAAUGCGAUGUGGAGCACUUGGUCGCGCUUCUCGGAGUACUUGCAGAAGGCUUGUCUGUUUGGCUGGUCGACGAGCAUAGGGCCUUGAGUGAUGACGAGUACGGUUAUGACCUCGUCACAUUGUAUGAGAACCUGCUAGUGAAGAUCGCCGAACUUCCAAGCGAGCUUUCGACGCUGAAAUCGGUUGAGUCUAUCCUGGUGGCAGUGUUCAUGCGACCUGAAGGGACUCCCGCCCCCAUGCGAAACGCAUUUGCAGAAUUCUGGUCCGCCAACUACGCUCAAAUGGCUGCGCCCAAGAAUGGCUGGCCAACUGAGAUUCAGACUUGUCUGGACAAUUUCACUCAACCGGCGAUAGAACCCUGGAGCCAGCUGAAGUUGUCGCCUGCAUUCGAGAGCGCAUCGUCGGGUCCGAAGAUCGCUGUUACUAGUGCUUUCACCAAGGUACCGGCCGGGAGUCCCUUCAAGCUUCGCGUCGCCCGUUUCCGAUCUGUGUCGGUUGAGCCUGACGACGAGGAUGGCCUUCCCGUGACUGUGCCCAGCACACCUGUGACAUCGCGAUCUCAGCCUUGUACUCCGUCUCGUCCCCACAAACAAACGUCUUCCCCUUGCCCCUCAACUCCAGAAUCCCCCAUCUUUGCGUAUCAGCCUCCGAGCACGCCUAGUACACCCAAGCGCGUCACGGAUGCGGGAUCACCGAGCAAACGCAGGAAGCUGGACAACAAGGAGAACGAGUCUCCGCGGGUAUUGGUCGCUUCUGUCAUGGAUCGGAUAGCCGCGGUGAUUGGCAAGCCUGUCUCCCCAUCGAAGAAGCGGGCUCGCGCCUCUGACGAGCUCGAGGACGAGCGAGCUGUUGAGCUGAGCCUGAUCCAGUUGUCGGGUAGUCCGGCAGCUAGCAAAAAGCAGAAACGGUUGUCGUUCGAUGGAGUCGAGGUCUCAAAAAUGCAAGACGUCUACGGCGAGAUUGUAGCGCGGGAAACCGCGCCAGUGUCACGCACCCUCAAGCGACGACGCGACGAUCUGUUCAGCGAUGCUCCCAAACCCUCGUCGUCUGAUGAUGAUGCCUUCUUUGGGCAGGUCACACCCCACCAUGUUAUCUCGCCAGCGCUUCGGACGAAGCUGAGACAUGACGACCCACCAAGCAGCGACGAUUCGAGUGUUUUCUCGAGUCCAGUCAAGAGCAUGAUCUCCCGACGUCUGCAGAGAUCUGUGUCUGCUGGAAAAUUAACUUGAAAUUCAAUUUAUUACUGUAGCAUUUGCAUCAAAUCUCGUUUGUUGUGUCUGUGCGAAGAAUUGACAAAGAUACUGAGCCCAUCUGUCGUCGGCAGAAUGUGGUGCGUACCAAGAUAACGAAUUCGAGGUUGGCGAUUUGUUAUACGAAUGCGGAUUGAGUGUCUAAGAGAAUGCGGUCUAGGCCGCCUUGCUUCCCCGCACUCCGAGGACUUCUGAUUCCGAGCACAGCGAAUCAGGUUCGCUGCUUCUGAGGACCCACCAAAG